CGGCGUUCCGACCUCCUGAUUGGUGUCUGCUUUCAUCUCUUUCGAACUCUUUUAACGUUUUACCGGCUUUUCCGGCGUUUUACCGGCUUUCUCCGGCGUCUUGCUUGCCAUGUCUGGAUCUGCGGCGGCUUCACUUAGUCCCCAUCUUCCAACGGCGCUGCUCGCUCACUUCAGACUGAGGCUUUCUCCGGCACCGGCUUCGGAUCCUCCUCCUCCGCCAGAGCCUCCAGUUCCUCCAGAUCCACCGGAUCCUCCGCUAGAACAGAUCCGUGUCACUCCUUUUCAUGGUUCUCUUUCAAAAUCCGGCCAAAGCUCCUUGCAACCUUUUACCGUUUUGCUCCCGCUCCUCCACGUCUCGUUUGUUGGACCAGGGUUAGAGUCUACCAUCUUCUCUCCCAUUUCACCUUCACUUCACUUUUCUCAGAUCUUAGAUCUGAGCGCUUACCGUCUUGUGGCCUCUUCGGGUCUGUUGGCUACUCCUUUUGUGCCCUUUGGUGGUACUCAUUUCGCCUUUAGGCGUUCCUUUACUGCAGUAUGCAGGUUCUGUUCCGGUCUCGAUCCGGUUUCAUUUUCUACCAGAAUCCCUCGCAAUGAGGCUUUUUCUUGCUACACGGAUGCAGCUUGGAUCGCAUCCUCUGGCUCCUGCGGUAUGGGAUGGAUUUUCAAGACUCAAGAUCAUCGAGUUAUCCAUCGGGGCUCGGCAACUCGCCUCCAUACACCUUCGGCUCUAGCUGCUGAAGCUUUGGCCUUGAGAUCAGCGCUGAUCGCAGCGUCUAGAAUGGAAUUCACCUCCAUCAAAGUUUUUUCGGACUCGCAAGUCCUCAUAUCUCUGCUAAAUACAGAGACCACUACGAACGAGCUUCAAGGGAUUCUCCAUGAUAUUGCCUUCUUUAGUCGUUCGCUUUUAUCUAUCAAGUUUCUAUUUGUACCACGCAAGUCUAAUAUGUUAGCUGAUGCGUUAGCAAUGUCUACCUUAUCUUCUUUAACUGUUUUAGCUACUCCUGCUCUGUAAGGAUCGUCUAUCUAUCUACAAAACCAGUUUGACC